GUAACAUUCAAGAUGGCGCUGUCGGAGACAGUGAGAGCGAGGAAAGUGUUUGUUCAUCCUGUAGUGUUAUUUUCGAUCGUGGAUGGCUUCGAAAGACGUUCGGAAGACGCAAAAAGAGUCAUAGGAACACUUCUUGGAACUAUUGACAAGUCUUCAGUCGAGAUUCGAAGCUCUUUUGGCGUUCCACACAAUGAAUCCGAAGACGAAGUCGCCAUUGAACUAGAGUAUGCUAAAAGUAUGUUUGAUCUACACAAAAAAUCACACCCAAAUGAUGAAAUUGUAGGCUGGUAUGCUACAGGCUCAGAUGUCACAGAGCAUUCUUUGCUCAUUCAUGAAUACUAUUCACGAGAGGCAACCAAUCCAGUGCAUGUUACAGUGGACACUACACUUAAAGGUUCUCGCAUGGGAAUAAGAGCUUAUCAGAGCUGUAAGAUGGGAGUUCCUGGAAAGACAGAGGGAACCAUUUUCUCACCCAUCCCUUGUGAGGUUAUACUUACUGGGCCUGAGAGAGUGGGAGUGAACUGGCUCCAGAGAACAAAAAAUGCAGCCAAACAGAGUAUUAGUCCACUAACAGACAUGCAACAUGUUAACAGUGCUAGUGAAAGGCUUUUAGAAAUGCUUGGUACCGUGGUGGCAUAUGUGGAUGAUGUUUUGGCUGGAAAAGUCGCGGGUAAUAACAGUGUAGGCAGAGAGCUAAUGGAUCUCGUUACUUCAGUUCCUCGAAUGUCAAAGGAAGACUUUGAAUCUAUCCUGAACAGUAACAUGCAGGACUUGCUGAUGAUUGUGUACCUGUCAGGCCUUUGCAAGGCUCAGAUCUCGCUUGGAGAGAAACUGGCCACUGUUAUAUAGUAUUUCGGAUUUUAGUACGCAAAUAAAUUAUAGAAUUAACCCUC